AUGGAACUCAACCGAGAACAUGUUCGCGCCAUAAUUUAUUACAACUUUCAGAGACAAUUAUCGCAACAAGAAUGCCUUGCUGAGUUACUGUCUGUUUUCGGCAACGAAGCGCCACAUCGGUCGACAAUUUCCCGUUGGUAUGGAGAAUUCAAACGUGGACGGGUGAGUCUUAGUGAGGAUCCCAGGGUGGGUGCACCAAAAACGGCAGUCACCCAGGAAAACGUCGAUGCUGUGCGCAAACUCAUCAUUGAAGAUAGACAUGCGUCCUUGAAGAUCUCAAAGACCUCAAUUCAAAAAAUUUUACAUGAAGAAUUAGGAGUAAGAAAAUUAGUUUCUCGUUGGAUACCCCACCUGUUGGCUGAAGAGCAGAAAGCAGCCAGGGUUAAUUGGUGUCAAAAAACGCUUGACCGUUUCAAUUCCGGAAACUCAAAAAAUGUGUACAGCAUUGUGUUCCAAGGUGAAGAAAAGCCAACAAAACUCAUCCGUUCUCGAGGUGUUUCGAAAAAGAUGGUCGCGACAGUUGUGUCACAAACGGGUCAUAUUGCAACAAUUCCUCUUAAUGAGCAAAGAACUGUUACUGCGAAUUGGUAUACCACCAUUUGUUUGUCAAAAGCCAUCACUGAUCUUCGAAAAAUCAACCCCGAAAGAAGAAUGAUCGUCCACCAAGACAAUGCAAGCUCGCACACAGCCCAAAAAACAAGGCAGUAUUUAACGGAAGAAAACGUGGAAUUAUUGGACCAUCCUCCAUAUAGUCCCGAUUUAAGUCCUAACGAUUUCUUUACUUUCCCGAAAAUUAAAAACAGACUGCGUGCAAACGAGUGGAAUAAGUGCUUCGAAAAUUGGUUCGAGCGCAUGCAGAUGUUUCGUAUGAAGGAAUCAUAUGAAAAUAUGCGAUGGUGCAGACAACGGUCACUCUGGGAUCAGGAAUGGAACAGUAUUGUCUUUAGUGACGAGUCUCGAUUUUGUUUAGGCAUGCACGAUGGUCGUGCAGGGUUAGAAGGCGACGUGGUGAAGGAAAGGAAUCCACAGUUUUUUGUUGAAAGACAUGUUCAUCAUACUGUUGGAGUUAUGGUUUGGGGUGCUAUAGCUUAUGGUUCCAGGUCACCUUUAAUCUUCAUCAGAGGUAACAUGAACGCGCAGCAUCCAACUUUCCAACAAGAUAAUGCCCGACCACAUGUUGCAAGAGUCACAAUAGACUUCUUUCAACAUAAUGAUGUCACAUUGUUACCAUGGCCACCAAGAUCUCCCGACUUAUCCCCAAUUGAGCACGUGUGGGAUAUGAUGGGUAGGAGAUUGCUCAAUUUGCAAUGUCCUCCUCAGACUCUAGAAGGACUUCGAGAGGAGUUGGUGGUUGCCUGGAAUGAGAUACCACAGGAGGGCAUCCACACAUUAUUAAAGGUCAAAGGGCUUUAA